AUGCAAAGUCAAGGUCAAGGCACUAGCUCUCGAGAAAACCCGACCUUAAGGCCUUUCUUGGAGAACAAUGGGAUGAACCCUAAUAAUGGUCAUAUCAGUAGCAACCAAGGCACCACCAGCACCAUUGUUUCAUCAAAUUCACCGGGUCAAUGUCAAGGGACUGGUUCUAGACCUUCUGGUUCUCUCCAGGAGGACCUGAAUGAACCACGGUUAACAUUAGACCUUUUCACAACUGGACGAUCCUCUAGUAAUCAACAAAGCCAAGCCUCUUGUGGUUCCUCAAGCCCAAUCACGAUCCAUUCAGGAAGUGCUGGGUAUGUUUUAGAAGAAAAUAUCGGUCUUCCAAGUAAUGGUCAGUCAAGGCUUUUAUGCAAAAGAAGGGUAUCUGAAGUUUCACAGCCCCACCAUAAUAUCGUGAUCAACAUCUCACAUGAAGCUUGCUCCUCCAACAAUGGCACCCAUUUAGCUCGACCCGUGGCAGCUUCGUCGAUCCAGGUCGGACAAACCGACAACGUUCAAAGGAAUACUCGGCUAAGAACAACUGUAAGUCAACAAAACACUAGGCCAGUGAACGUGUCGGCAGCAUGGAACCCAAUCAAUUUUAAUGUUCAACAAGCUGCAACCGUUCAUCAUCACCCACGACCAGUGGUUUCCCCGCUUGGUCCGUUUCCAGCGCAAAACUCACCACAAAUACUGGUUCUGUCAAAUUCGGCCAUGUUGCAGCAGCCUAUUGUCGGAUGCCCUAACCAGUUGCAGCAGCAUCCUAUUGUUGGAGUCCCUAAUCAGUUUCAGCAGCAGCCUAUUGUAGCAGUCCCUAACCCGUUGCAAGCUCCACUGCCUUCCCAAUAUUGGAAUACUGGGACAGCCAUGCCACCGCAUGGUCUUCCAUCUUUUGGUUCUUUAUCUAUGAUGGUUCCACCAGUAAACACGGAACCAAACAUGAACCUGAUCAAUGGGAACCCAAGCUUUGCCUGCUCUUCGGGAACCCAAUCCGGUCCAGGCAUGUAUAAUUCACCAUUUUCGUCCUUGGGGUUCCAUCAACCAAGUGUGUCUGAUCAAAAUGCACAGAGACUGCAAUAUUUGAUCGACCGUAAUGAGGCCUGGAGGACGGCACAUAACUACCCCAUAUAUAAUGAAGCUAUUCCUACUAUUCAAGACUUCGAAGUCGCGUUAAGAAACAGUAAUCACAGGCAAACUCAGGUUCCUCCAAGAUCGGGAGCCAUAGCUGAGAGACAAGCUGGUAAUAAUUUUCAACUCUCACGUCCAAUGACGUUGCAAAUGGCUGCUCAAAGGAGAAGAAGACUGAUAUCUCAGGUUCGUAAUUACUUGCGAGCUGUUCGUUGGACGACUGGUGGCUUACGUACUGAGGAUCCCUUGGAAAUGGGCCGUACAUUUUUGCAGGGCAUGUAUGUGUUAGAAAAUGUUCAUGAUGACAUGCGUCUUGAUGUUGAUAACAUGUCUUAUGAGGAACUGCUGGACCUGGAGGAGCAAAUGGGCAACGUUAGCUCUGGGUUAAGCGAGGAAACUAUUCGAGCCAAUAUGAGGCGCCCAAAAUUUCGGCCCAUCACAGCCGAAACUGAACAAUGUUGUAUCUGUCAGGAGGAUUAUGCCAAUGGAGAAGAGCUUGGAAAACUGGAUUGUGGACAUGAUUUUCACUUCAACUGCAUUAAGCAAUGGCUCGUGCAGAAGAAUCUGUGCCCCGUAUGCAAGAAAACUGCUUUGGCCAUUUGAGGAGU